AUGCAGCCCCCACAGGCGAAUCCGCAACUCGCUGGUUUGCCGCAGCGAGAUGCCGUCGUGCUGGCGGAAAAACUGCAGUUAAUCACAUACGAUGGUUUUAUACACUGCGCGCGGCAGUGUAUCACUCACUACGGCGAGGACUCCCUUCCAUACCACCCAGGCGAGAAGUCGUGUCUAGACCGCUGCAUCAGUAAGGUUUACAACGGGCUCGAGCUCUCCCGACAACUCAAGAAGGAGUUUGAGGAAAAGGUGAAGAGGGGCGAGAUGCCAUAUCGGUGGAUGAAAGAAAUGACAGCCGCGGCGACAUAA